GUUUUUUCCUUUUUGUAUCACCAGGGAAUGGCAGUUGUUGCCGCAAGAGCAACAAGAUUACCAAUAUAUUCAUCAUUUGCCAAAGAAGGCAAUCUUAGUGACCUUUUUGCAAAAGGGGAGGCCAUAUCCACACUGUUUAAUGUUCUUGGAAUCGGUGCUGGGAUUCAAUUAGCAUCCACUAUCUGUUCAUCAACGCAAGGAAAGAUGGUUGUGGGACCCCUCCUUGCCGCUAUACACAUCCACUGUGUUACCGAGGAAAUGAAAGCUACUCCUGUCAACACACUGAACCCGCAACGGACUGCAUUGAUUGUGAAGAACUUUGUGAAGACAGGAAAAGUGUCUAGCCCAGCCGACUUACGAUAUCAAGAGGAUAUCUUGUUUCCUGGGCAGAUGAUAGAGGAUGCUGGGAAUGUUAAGGUGGGAAGAACUCUGAGCAAAGCCAUUCGGCCUUCCCACCUGAGACACCUCAAAGAGGCUUUCCCUGAAGAAAAGUUUCUCUUGUGCCGCGGGCCAAAAUCCACAGACAUGAUAUUGGAGCACAAUGCUACUGGGGAAGACGCGCUGAGGGGAUGGCUGGUUGCUGCAUAUGCUUCGGCUAUGGAGAAAUCACUUCAAGGCUCGGGCAAAAAUGUGGUGCAAGAGGCUUACGAGACGAUGAAUGCUGUUUUCAUUCCAUUGCUAUCUGAGCUGCAGGCCAAAGGGUGGCAUACCGACCAGUUUCUUGAUGGUAGAGGAAGUCGUUUUGUCUUGAGGUGUCAUUCAAGUCUAUAGAUUAGAUAUUUGCAUCUCAAGCAAGUAUAAGAGGUUAUGCUUGUUGGGAAAUUUGAUGUCUUUCGACACAUCUUUCAAACACGAAAGAUGUGUAAACAGAAAAGACUAAAAUAAUAGUGAAACAUUGAAAAUAUACCAAAACGAGAGUUCAUGUCUUUGUUUCUGAAAUAAGAGUUAAAAUACGUU